AUGACCCUACGCAAGCACAGACUUUCCAGAACCCAGAAUACCAUUACACCACAAAACAUUGUCGCGGGAUUUGGGGUUAUCACGCCAAUUUCGAAAUGCUACCUCAUGCAGCAGCCAUUCUCCGGUUCCAUCAAUUCGUGGCAUGUGAAUGUCAUGGUUGUUUUGUUCGUGUUUGACGGUCGACAACCAGUCCAGGACCUUUCUCUCGCUCAUCUACAGCGCGACGAUCCCUCAAGGUUCGGGGUUGAUUUGUCAGUGAUAGCUCGAUUGAGCAGGUCCAACGAUUUUGGAGAGCAAGGCGCAGCCAUCGACGGUCAAAGCAAAUUGGAACCAUUGGGAAAAGGCUCUGAGUUGCACGAUAGCCUCUUUGUGAUCCUUGUCACUGAGUGGCGAUUUGAGCUGACUCAGUCGAUUUUGGCCAGCACCGCCAAGCUUUUGGUAUAUCGGAGACCUGUGGCGCCGACUACGAGUGAGAAGGGAUCCAUCAUCGAAAACAAGAAACCUCAUGUUUGGGCUGAUAUUGUCUUUGUAGCUUCAGCGGACUUUCGAGGAAAGCCAAAUUUGAACGGCAUCAUGGGCCUUGGUGUAGUUACCUGCGAGCUGCUGAUCGGGCGGAUUUGCAUAUUGCAGCACUCCAGCAAGAGACAAAAGGUUCGCAAAGCUAGCACGCUUGGCAAGGGUCCAUUUUUAGCCGCCGCGAUAAGCGACCGUGGCAAAACCCGGAGUCUGGAACAGCAAAAGUGGAGUCGGACCAGCUUGCUUUUGGCCGAUAUGGCAAGUUUGAACGGUCGUGAUAGGGAAGUUGUACCACCAAUCCUGCCGGUUGAACGACCAAUCACAAAAAACUCGCCUUCGCACGCCAUCGAUUGCGAAUCUGCGAACAUUUCCGAGCCAGCACAUACAUUUUCAAACAUCCUACAAAGACCGUUGUUGAUCACUUCGAGGCUCUGCAACAUUUUUUUACGCGGCUCUGCGAACAUAAUGACGAGCCCAGGAGAAGACCAUUGCAGAUACUCCGAAACAGACCAUUACUUAGAAAGCCCUUCAAAGAGGAGGAGGAUCACACUACCACAAGACAUGUUCUUGGAUGCUCUUCCAGCACCACAAGGCUCUAAUACUCGGGGCGCUGAUGCCGGCCAAGACGUCUGUCAGGACAAUCAUGAGAAUAUCUCUAUAUCAGCUUCGUCCAAGCAGGCAGAGCAAACAGUCGCACCAUUCCUCGCCAAACAUAUCCCGGAACAGUAUGCACCUGCAGGGGGCUUGGACUCAUCAGGAAAUGCAAAAGUGAAAGACCCGAAUACCAAAUACUGUUACAGGCAUCGGCCGGAUUUGAAGUGUAGGAGACAGGCCAACGAGCCUUCAAUGGAUCAGCUCCAGCACGAGCUUGAAGACCUCUCGCAAAGCGAUCAGCAGGCCAUUGCUCAUGUGUGGUCACUAUUCUCAGCUGCUCCGGCCAAACAUCGCAAUCUCAUGCUCCAGGGAAUACUCACACAAUGUUGCUUCCCACAACUGUCGUAUUUGUCAACUAAUGUCCGGGAUCUCAUCCGCAUCGAUUUCCUCACCGCCCUACCACCAGAAAUAUCCUACAAAGUUCUCUGCUUUCUGGACACGACAUCCUUGUGUAAAGCAGCUCAAGUCAGCCAGCGAUGGAGGUCGCUCGCCGAUGAUGAUGUGGUAUGGCAUAGGAUGUGCGAGCAGCAUAUCGAUAGAAAGUGUACGAAGUGCGGCUGGGGUCUACCACUGCUGGAGAGGAAGAGGCUCAGGGCCUCAAAGAGACAGAUUCAACUGCGAGCUACUGGUAGGGGACUGAAUGAGUGGUCACCAGAUAUCACGCCAUAUCCUGAGGCUGCCUUGGAAGUAGUCCCGAACAUUGGCGCUAAAGAUCAGAUGUCGGCAAUGGCUGAACUCAUGGCUCCUCUCGUCAAGAACCAAGUGCCUUCACGGGUGACUACCCAGGCUGACGACUCGUACUUUCGACCACGAACUCGACCAUGGAAGGACGUCUAUAAGGAUCGUUUCCGCGUCGGAACUAAUUGGAAAUAUGGGCGCCACGACCUCAAGAUCUUUCGAGGACAUCAGAACGGGGUUAUGUGUUUGCAAUUUGACGAUUCGGUCCUAAUAACGGGGUCAUAUGAUGCAACGAUAAAAGUAUGGGACAUAGCUACGGGCGAAGAGAUCCGAACACUAACGGGGCAUGCCUCUGGAAUUCGGUGUCUCCAGUUCGACGAUUCGAAACUCAUCAGUGGCAGUAUCGACAGGACUGUCAAGAUCUGGGACUGGAGGAAGGGAGAAUGUAUCGCGACCCACGCCGUGCACUCCAAUGGCAUCGUCGGAUUGCAUUUCGAUUCAUCACUCCUAGCGACAGCAUCGAUGGACAAAACGAUCAAAAUUUGGAAUUUCACCAAUAGCUCAAGAUUUACGCUGCGUGGCCACACCGACUGGGUCAAUGCCGUUCGAGUGGAUUCCGCCUCUCGUACCGUCCUCUCCGCUUCCGACGACUGCACCGUUAAACUUUGGGAUUUGGACACCAAGUCUUGUAUUAAGACGUUUGAGGGUCAUGUUGGACAAGUACAACAAGUCGUAACUCUACCUCAUGAUUUCGACUUCGAAGACACAGAAGUCGACGACAACGACGGCGCCUCCUCAACCACAAGCACCCAAUCUCAUCCGCAGUGUCCUCAAUCCGCCACCCAACCAAUCGCAGAACCUUACGGCCGAGGCUUCACAGCAUGCGACCGCCCAAUGCCACCCCGCUACAUGCUGACCGGUGCUCUGGAUUCUACCAUUCGGCUUUGGGACACAUACACAAGCAGAUGCCUACGCACGUAUUUCGGGCACGUCGAGGGCGUUUGGGCACUGGCAGCGGACUCCCUACGCGUGGUGAGUGGAGCUGAAGAUCGGAUGGUCAAGGUGUGGGAUACUCGGUCCGGGAAGUGCGAGCGCACCUUUACAGGGCAUGCAGGCCCAAUCAGCUGUUUAGGAUUAAGCGACAAUCGCAUGUGUACUGGGGGGGACGAUAACGAGGUGAGGGUGUAUAGCUUUUGA